AUGUCUCGCUCUGGAACCACGCUCUAUGUGACUGGUUUUGGUCAUGGUACUCGUGCUCGUGACCUUGCCUACGAAUUCGAGCAUUAUGGUCGACUCGUGAGAUGCGACAUCCCAGCGCCUCGAACGGCCUCCAGCCGACUCUUUGCCUUCGUCGAGUAUGAGAGCCGUCGCGAUGCUGAUGAUGCCUACCACGAGAUGCAUAACAAGCGUAUCGGAAGAGAUGACGUUCUGAAGAUCGAGUGGGCUCGUACUCCUCCAUCCGCUACCUGGCGCUACGAGGCUGGUCGUGGUGGCCGUGACCGUCGAGAUCGCUCUCCUCCUCGACGAAGUUAUCGUUCGCCCUCUCCUCGCCGCCGCGACUACUCUCCUCGCAAGGAUGAUCGCCGUGACCGCGACCGUGAUCGGGAACGGGAGCGUGACCGUGAUUACGACGACCGCCGCCGCUCUCGCAGUCCCGCCGACCGGGACCGUGACCGUGACCGCGAUAUGAAGGAUGACCGGGAUCGACGUGACGACGACCGCGACGCACCCGCCAAUGGUGAUGACAGAAAAGCCCUGGAUUCCCCACCCCCGGCACACGAUGAGCUCGAUACGGCGGAAUGA